AUGGACAACUCCCAAUUUAGGACACUUCUCCAGAGUGGGAAGCCUCCGAGCGACUCAGACCCCCAAUCUGCCCCGGCGGGGUUCAAGAAACCUGCGCUCGGGUCGAGAUCGCGCGCUUCUAUUCCUAUGACGCCCCGUUCGGUCGCAGGCUAUAAUCCUUCAAGAGAAUUCUCUAAGCAAGUCGCCGACCAUGAACGUGCUCGAGAUGGACAACCUCCCGCGAAGAAAUUUAAAUCCAGCGCCGCGCCCAAAGGCACAAGACUGGCCGCUGGCUACCAUGACCGCACCCUGGCUCGCCGUACAGGCGAAGAAGGCGAAGAGACUUCAGAUGAUAGAGAAAAGCGCUUACAGGCACUGGAAGAGAUGUACAAGCUACAGCAGAUUGACGAGGCUACAUUUGAGAAAUUGAAGGACGAGAUUGGCAUUGGCGGGAGUCUCAAUAGUACGCACUUAGUGAAGGGCCUUGAUUGGAAACUACUGGAGCGAGUGCGAAAAGGGGAGGACUUGGAGAAUAAUUCGGAAGAGAAGAGGGAGACAUCGCCUCGGGCUUCCAAAGUUGAUGUUGACGAGGAGUUGGACCAAGUGCUGGAGAAACAGGUCGAGUCCCGAGGUCCUGCUCCCCGGCAGGAACAGGAGGCGGAAGACGAUGGCACAACAGGCGACCAUCGACCGUUGACUCGGGACGAGAUCCUACAAAGAUUGAAGCAAAGUCGCUCUGGGGCACCGAAGCCUCCAGCCCCGGAGCCAGUCUUGAGCGAUCGUUUCAAAAAGGUGGGAAGCGAGAAAAAGAGCAACAAGAUGAAAUUCGUAGAGAUUGUCAAUGGGCGAAGAAGAGAAGUUCUCGUUAUCACCAACAAAGACGGCACGACAAAAAGGAAGACAAGAUGGCUUGAUAAGGAGGAUGAGCGCACAGUUCAAGGCAAUCGGCCCCUGGGCAUGGAGGUUCCGGCCGAACUGCUCGCGAAACAACAAGCUGCUUUGGAGCAAGAGGCGGCGGGAGAAGAUGAUGACGACGACAUCUUUCAAGGGGUUGCAGACUAUGAUCCUCUGGCAGGACUUGAGGAGGACUCUGACGAGGAAGGCAAAGCAGAUGAGACAGGUGCUCUUAAGCCAGAAGCCGCCGUCACUGAUGACAAGCACAAGCCACGAAAUUAUUUCGGAUCCAGUCGUCAAGAAGAAGACGCCGAAAACAAGAUCAAUCCUAUCUUGAAAGAUCCCACGCUGCUUGCUGCGCUCAAACGGGCUGCUGGAUUGAAACGAAGCGAGCAGGAUGCUGGACUAGAUCCGAGCGACGCUGACCCUGAGCGAGCUGCAAAGCAACAACAACUACUUGCCCGGCUAAAAGCACAGGAGCGUGCGGAUGCUGAGGAUAUGGACCUUGGGUUUGGGGACAGUCGUUUUGGAGAUGAUGACGACGACGAGGGCCCGAUAUGGGACGACGCAGAGGGCGCUAGCAAGAAGAGUGGCAGAAAAAGGGGACCGAAAAAACGCAAGGGCGACAAAGACAAUGUGGGUGAUGUGAUGGCUGCCCUCGAAGGUCGAAAGAAGGAUAAGGCAAAGCCUGCUUGA